CGAGAGAGGACUCACAAGUGUUAGCAGAUCAGGUUGAAUGGCAAAUCCAGAGCAACGUAUCGAACGCAAUCAACAAGAGUGGAAAAUAGUUGAGACCUAAAAGUGGAUGAGUUGUUGAUGAUGAGAGCAUGGCUUCUCGCCAUCAUUAGUAUCCAAGUUUCGAGGUCCAUCGAAAUACGUCAUCUUUGGGUCCCUGGAGCCAUGGAGAAUGGCACUUUGGACUCGGCCAUUCUGGAAUGUGACUAUUUGUUGGAUGAGCGAGACCGAUCCUCUUUGGAGGUCAAAUGGUACUUCAGGCACGAUCCCGUCCCCAUCUUCCAGUGGGUUCCACCCAAUGCUCCACAGGUUCUGAACAAGUUUCGUCGCUUCAUCAAUCUUCAUUAUCUGGUCACAGAUGAUCCAUACACCGAGCAUCGAGCCAUUCACCUUCAGCCGAUUAGUUCCGAGCUCUCAGGGCGAUACUCAUGUCGGGUCUCGUCCAACUAUGACGACAAGAUCAUCUCCAAGAACAUGAUCAUCUACGCUCCGCCAAAAAAAGUGGAAAUGGACUUCUUUUGGCCUUCAGCCGACCUUUUAAACUUGACGUGCCGAGUAGAUCGGAUCUAUCCUGAACCCAUCAUCAGCAUUCUACUCAGACACCAACAAACCGAACCCAUUACAACCACUGAUCUGCCAGCAUUAUCUCUGUCAAACAGACCAAAGAAGGAUGAAGGCCACAACAGCUUUGAUGUGACUCACACAAUGGAUUCGACUCGGCUGGUUUCGUGGUCGGAUGGUUCCUAUUCGGUGGUCGUGUCGACCUUAGUGGAUUAUAAUCGACUUCCUCGCCGUUUUCAAUUGAAGGCCAAGUCUGCUCUGGUCUCGGUAUGUUCCAUUCGCUUGAAUGGAACACCCUUCCAUUCCGAGACCAUUCAAAAUCUUGUUGGAACAUCAGAUCCACUCCCGAGUUCCUCGCAAGCAUCUCGACCAUCUCCAUCGAGAGGUUCGUCGUGGAUAAUAGCGUUGUUAUGGUUACCAACCGUUGUUUUGGCCGUCUAUUUUCAUCGCUCAGAACUUUAUUCAUAAAUCAUGGGUAGACACACCAACUGGAGGAGAUUGGAAAUAAUUUAGGAUAAUCUAGUAA